UUUAAUGACAGUGCGUUCAAAAUACAAACAUGUACAGGAUAUCGCGAACUUGCGGGAGACAGUAGAUACAGUGACAGAGUGUGGUAUUUAUAGUAAUUGUUAUAAAAUGAAACGGCAUGUUCCACCUGAUGCAAUACCUUAGCGGGCUCAUUUUGCUUCUUCUCUCGAUACCGCUGAGCAAUGGUGUUGAUUACACGUAUGAAAUCGACUGCAGUAACCUACGAAUGGGACAAUAUAUCUGUCCUCAUCCCGAUUAUGAUUUCAUAGAUCCGAAAACGCAACAACCCAAAGGUUGCACGAAGGAAAAUAAAGCCAAAGUGUUAUGUCUGGCUGCGGAUGGCCUCAUUUGUACAGAAACAAAAAAUAAUACAUUCAAGAAAGAUAUUCCUUGUAAAUGGACAAACGGAUAUUCAUUCGAGACAUCGUUGUUACUCUCUAUAUUUCUUGGAAUGUUUGGGGCAGAUAGAUUUUAUCUUGGAUAUCCAGCAUUGGGCUUUCUUAAGUUAAGUACUUUGGGAUUCCUCUUUCUUGGCCAAUUUGCUGAUAUAAUACUUAUUGCAACACAAAUUGUGGGACCUGCGGAUGGUUCGCAUUAUGUGAUACCAUAUUAUGGUGCAGGAAUUCAUAUUGUGACAAGUAAUAACUUUACAUACAGAGUGCCACAAUACGAAUGUUGAAUGAUUUUUUCUCAUACAGAAGAUAACGAUUGAUCAGUCUAAAAGUUCUACAGCCCAUGCUUCAAUCACAAACAACGAUAUAUAAUACAUACAAUCCUAGAAUCGAGUCCUAUAUCAGCAUACAGGGAAAAAAAUUACUGUGUAUGCUAUUUUAAUGAACAAACAGAAGAUAAUUGUUUUGUAGAUAUGUAUUUCAACGAAACAUUGUAUAUACAGAUUUGUUACUGACUUAUUACCUAUUGCCAGUAUGUUCGUGUAAUAAAUAUUUGUUUUUAUCUGUAA